CGUGAGGAGGAGGAGGUGGCGGCGGUGGUGGCGGCGGCGGCGGGCGGGAAAAUGGCGGCGGCGGCGACGGCGGGUCCGGCGCAGCCCUGGAGCGCUGAGGAGCUGCGGAGCGAGGCGCUGCCCAAGAAGGAUAUCAUCAAGUUCCUCCAGGAGCACGCAGCCCAGGCGUUCCUGGCGGAGCACAAGCUGCUGGGGCAGGUGAAGAACGUGGCGAAGACGGCGAAUAAGGAGCAGCUCAUCGCGGCCUACACGCAGCUUUUCCACACGCAGCGGUUCAAGGGCACGGACGGCGCGGAGAAGGCGGCGGAGAAGGCGAAGCCCGCUAAGGUGGAGGAGGCCAAGGGGAAAGCGGCGAAGCCCGAGGAGGCCGUGGAGGAGGGGCCACCAAAGUAUACAAAAUCAAUUUUAAAGAAGGGCGAUAAAACCAACUUUCCGAAGAAAGGAGACACUGUUCAUUGCUGGUAUACAGGGAAACUACAGGAUGGAACAGUCUUCGAUACCAAUAUUCAAACAAGUUCAAAGAAGAAAAAAGCAGCCAAACCUUUAAGUUUCAAAGUUGGCGUAGGAAAAGUAAUCAGAGGUUGGGAUGAAGCUCUCUUAACAAUGAGUAAAGGAGAGAAGGCUCAACUGGAAAUCGAACCUGAGUGGGCGUAUGGCAAGAAAGGGCAGCCUGAUGCCAAGAUUCCACCAAAUGCAAAACUUUUCUUUGAAGUGGAAUUGGUGGAUAUCGAAUGAAAUGAAGAGUUUCCUUCACUGCUGGAAAUCCAUUUAUGAUCAAGAAAGCUUCUGACAAUGCAGUUUUGCUCUUGUAACUUCAGGAUAUAGUUACAACUGUGGCCUUGUAUCGAAAUCAAGUUUGUUCUCCCUGCCCCCCAACUGCUGUACAGUAACAUACCACUAAAGAAAACAUAGUUUAUACAUGCAA